AUGACGAUGAGUGGAGUGACCACAUGUCUUCGUUUCCCUGGACAGCUGAAUGCGGAUCUCCGAAAAUUAGCUGUCAACAUGGUUCCCUUCCCUCGUCUUCACUUUUUCAUGCCAGGUUUCGCUCCGUUAACUGCUCGGGGUAGCCAUGUCUAUCGAGCGAUGACAGUACAAGAUCUCACGCAACAGAUGUUCGAUGCAAAGAAUAUGAUGGCCGCAUGUGAUCCAAGACAUGGACGAUAUCUCACAGCUGCGGCCAUCUUCCGCGGAAUAAUGAGCAUGAAAGAAGUCGAUGAGCAAAUGUUGAAUGUGCAAAACAAGAACUCGUCCUACUUCGUUGACUGGAUUCCGAACAAUGUGAAAACCGCUGUUUGCGACAUUCCGCCUCGUGGUCUGAAGAUGGCUGCUACCUUCAUCGGUAAUUCCACCGCUAUCCAGGAGCUUUUCAAGAGAGUUGGCGAACAAUUCACAGCCAUGUUCCGCCGCAAAGCUUUCCUUCAUUGGUACACCGGCGAAGGUAUGGAUGAGAUGGAAUUUACCGAAGCUGAAAGCAAUAUGAAUGACUUGAUCUCCGAAUAUCAACAGUAUCAAGAGGCCACUGCCGACGAAGAAGCAGCUGAUGGAUUUGAGACUGAA